ACGACCGUAAUCUAGUCAACGAAGGCACUGGCAGGGGAAGGCACAGAGCGCCAAAGCCAACCACCACCACCACCAUGUGUGACGAAGAAGACGCGGCGACCCUCAUCUGCGACAAUGGCUCCGGCCUUGUCAAGGCUGGCUUUGCAGGUGAUGAUGCUCCGCGGUGUGUCUUCCCUUCUAUCGUUGGCCGCGCCCGUCACCAGGGUGUGAUGGUCGGUAUGGGUCAGAAGGACGCCUACGUAGGAGAUGAAGCCCAAGCCAAGAGAGGUAUCCUCACUCUCAAAUAUCCUAUUGAACAUGGCAUCAUCACCAACUGGGACGACAUGGAAAAGGUUUGGUAUCACACUUUCUACAAUGAGCUCCGCGUUGCCCCUGAGGAAUGCCCGAUAAUGCUAACCGAGGCCCCUCUCAAUCCAAAAGCCAACCGCGAGAAGAUGACGCAGAUCAUGUUCGAGUCGUUCAACAUGCCAGCAAUGUACGUCUGUAUCCAGGCUGUCCUCUCCCUUUAUGCUUCAGGUCGUACCACUGGGCAGGUGUGUGACUCUGGUGAUGGUGUCUCCCAUAUUGUACCAGUUUAUGAAGGUUUUGCCCUUCCCCAUGCCAUCCUACGAUUGGAUCUGGCUGGUCGAGAUAUAACUAACUACCUGAUGAAGAUCAUGACCGAAAGGGGUUACUCCUUCACCACUACUGCUGAACGUGAGAUCGUCCGUGAUAUCAAAGAAAAGCUCUGCUACAUUGCUCUUGACUUCGACACCGAGAUGAACAACGCAGCAGCCUCUUCGUCUAUUGAUAAAUCUUAUGAGCUUCCAGAUGGGCAGGUCAUCACCAUCGGUAAUGAGCGCUUCCGAGCACCAGAGUCUGUCUUCCAGCCUUCUUUCCUUGGUAUGGAAUCGGUGGGUGUCCAUGAGACUGUCCACAUUUCCAUCAUGAAAUGCGACAUUGACAUCAGAAAGGAUCUUUUGGCCAAUAUCGUCCUUUCAGGUGGUACCACAAUGUAUGCUGGUAUUGCUGACCGCAUGCAGAAGGAGAUCACCAGUUUGGCACCUUCAACUGUCAAGGUAAAAAUCAUUGCUCCUCCUGAACGUAAAUACUCUGUUUGGAUUGGUGGAUCUAUUCUUGGGUCUCUGUCUACCUUCCAGGCCAUGUGGGUCACCAAGGAAGAGUAUCAGGAAUCCGGGCCUGGAAUCGUUCAUCGCAAGUGUUUCUAAGUUAAGAAUACUCUCACCUGCAUCACCUGUUUCACGUCUGCAUCAAAUCAAACUGAUUUUUUGGCUCGUUAGUAACCCUCUGUCAAUCGUUUUGUAUGUAGUAUUCAAAAUAAAAAUGUAGGAGCUAACAGAAUGAAUGUUUACGCAUAUGUUACAAAGAACUGAUUUUGUACUGUUAAAAACACUUUACUUAUUGCUGUCUUCCAGGGAAAAAAUAUAGGCGUCAAGUUGCUAA